UUGAUAUACAUCAUAUCCAUUCUGACUCUACUUACUCCAUUGUUGAACUAUGACAGCAUGUGUUGUCCUUGACACUAAAGCAUUAAAAAAUUAAUUAUUUCCUACUAUAAAUACCACUAUGCAAUGUGCAUUAUGCAAGUCUGGAUUGUGUGACCAGCAGAGACUCUUUCUCAUUGUUUCUUGGUUCAUAUUUUCCCUUGAGUUUGUUAUUUCUCUCUUGAAGUAUGGAUAACAAUAGGAAUAGCAAUAUGGUGAACAAUUUGGUGGAUGUGGUCGAGUUUGAUAAUGUCAUGGAUAUUAAUCUUGACAAAACGUCUUGGAAUUUGAAGGUUCGCAUUAUUUCAAUGUGGAACACUCCUGCUCGAUAUCUUCCAACUGUUCAAUCUUGCACAGAAGUGAUUUUGUUGGACAAGGAGGGUUCUAAGAUUCAAGCUUCCGUGUGUAAAGAUCAUAGGCUCAGGGGAGAAAUAUUUACUGGGUUUGUUUACAAGAUAUCGAAGUUUAAGGUGAUUCCUAAUACUCGUGAGCUUCGCUGCACAAGUCAUGGCUAUCGACUUGUAUUUAGUACACGUACCAUCCUCACUCUAUCUGGAGAUACAUCCAUCCCUCGCGAGGGUUGGAGUUUCUACGAUACGGGAUACAUAGAAAGAUGCAGGGGAAUCUUUUCACACUUAUCAGAUUUCAUUGGGGUGGUAUCAUCUGUAUCAGCUGUGAGGCGUUUUGUCACGGAAGGAAAGACAACCAAAAUGAUGAUUGUGGAACUUAGAGAUUCUGUGGGUAUUAUGCGUUGUUUCUUAUAUGGGAGAACUUGCUGAAUUGCUGAUGCUCAAUCUCUGCUCUAAUUGGACUAAGAGGCCUGUGUUGAUUCUUCAGUUUAUUCAAGUUAGAAAUGUUAAUGGUCUUCUAUUUAUGCGUUACCCUUCCUCACACAUCUAAGCUAUUCG